AUGUCUAGAGCAAAAAAAUGCAGGGCCUCCAGCCCAACCCUAGUCCCAGUUCCUUCACCAAAACAACUGCGACAUUCUACCAGGAUGAAUCAAGACCUCCAGCCUGCUCAGGACGUGUUUACUGAGGUUGCAAUGGAAAUUGAAGAAGGCAAUGGCGCAGGCGCCCAAGAUAACAGUAGCAACAAUGUCAUUUGGAGUGAAGUAGAGACAUCAGCUUUUAUCCAGUUCAUCACCACCAACAGCGCAGAGGGUGGGGAUGGUUUGAAUUUCAAGACUGUGUUCUGGCCUAAGGUUGCGUUACAUUUAGUUCCUCUUCUUACUAAGGGACUAGUAAAGAGCGCCACUAUGGAGUGUUGGGGAGCGGAAUACAGGCACCAUGAGGCCUGCAGUUCAAAGUGGGGCAGGCUUCAUACAAAGUACAAUUUAGUGAAGCCUAUCACCAACUUGUCAGGCAUUCCUUGGCAUCCCGAUGAUGACCUAGGUCUUAACAUACUUGACAAAGGAGAAACAGUCUGGGAGGAACUCAUUAUGCUAAUCACUGCACAGAAAAAUCCAGUAGCAAAGAGCUUUCGGAAAAAGGGCUGGACCCAUUUUUCCGCCAUGCAUGCCUUGUUGGGUGGAAUCUCAGCCAAGGGUACCAAUGUAUUCUGUGUCCCCAAAGUCCCAAAGCAUGCUAAGGCCCUCAAGGCCCCCAAACUACCACCUUCCGUCAAUUUUCCCUCCAAUCAGCCUAACACUGGUGCCUCUGUAACGGAUACCAGCACCAUCAGCCCUAAAUCAUCUGGCUGCAUAAAAAGCUGGCUUGGUGGUGUCAAGUCUCCAACAUCUAUCCGUGCUCCCACCACCUCAUCUAUAACGACUAUCAGCAGCAAGCACUCAGCAUAA